AUAUCGUACAACAGGCCCCAACGAACCAAGUCCGUAGCGGGGCCACCUUCUCAGUUCUGGAAGGCCGAGUCCGCGCCCUGCCGCGCGACUCGCCGGCCCGACGCGCAUCAGCGCAAGGGAGCCGGCGACUCAGUAGUCAGUGCCCUGGGCAGUCCACGCCCGGAAGUUCAAUACAUGGUCGAUGGUGAGCAGCCAGCGUACCGACGCACGGGCGCCCCGGCCCCGGGCAAACGUGCGGAGGCCCGCACCGCGCAUCUCGCGACGGCAAGCGUGGACGCACUGGCAGAGUCUGAUCGAACGCAGGGUCCGUGUUCGGCCACCCGUUCAAUCGACGGGGCCCUUCGAAAUCGCGCUGCGAGCCGGCCGGGGUCCAGGCGGGUUUCUCGAGUGCGUGCGUACGCCCAGACUCGGACGCGAGGGCUGGCUUCCCGUCGCCGGCGUCCUUGCGAGAGGAGGGGCGCACGCAGUGCUGCCGCGUGCGGGCCUGCGACCCAGCGCGGAUGGGCCAGGGGCUGCUGGGGCCGGGGCGCGCGCAGACAGAUGGGAGGACAGGCCAGUGCCGGUGGGGUCUCGGGGGAUGCAGCCGCGGAAUCGGCGUCGGCAGGAGACGGGCGCGUCCGGGUGGAUUGGUGCGCUGGGCCCGUGUGUGCGGGCAUGCGUUGCUGGGUGCGCGCGGAGACGUGUCCUGGAAAUCGAAUGGGUGUUCCGCGUCUGCGUGCGGCAGGCCAACGAGGCCCGCGGCGUCCUCGACCCUGCGCCCGUCUCGUCGCGCGUCCGGCCACCCAGCGCGCGCGCGGGUGUGCGUCCGAGCCCUCCACGGCCGCCCACACGCCCCGUAAGCUCGCGCCUCGCGCCUCUGGCUCGCAGCGUCCUCGGCGUCGAGUCGCCCAAAUCUCGAGUCAUGCGGUGUCCACUGUAAUUGAGCGUCUGCGGCCUCGGGAUUCACGCGCCAUCCGUACGUGGGCGGCGGCGACUCACUGCAUAUGGUUCAGUCACCCCGACGUCGCAGUGCCGUGGGGGACGACACCGCAGGACGGGACCACGCACAUGAAACGCGCCGUCCGGAGCCAGUUCGAAGUGUGCGCAGCUACGCCCGCCGCGGGACCCGAACAGUGUCCAGCGCAGGGUGCCAUGACCCACCUGCAUCAGCCCAGAACCCAGGGUGCCCGGCGGUGAGCCUGCGCGGACUCGAAGCGCAUCCUGUAGCGCAAGCCGUGUCGUAACCACGAGGGGCUCUGGCUGAUCUGGUCACGGACGAUGCGCGGCGGCUGCUGUGGAGCCUGGGCGCGAUGGCCCGUGCUGGGUAGGCAACUAGAAUGGAUCGCGGGGAGAGCGAAUAGAGGUCGGCUGAGAUGCACUGCUGUCGACGCGGCGACAUCAUACGACAUACCUGCGCGCUCCCUGGCAUCCGAUGCACCGCAGGCGUGCGUAGACCCGUAUCGCAGAGCGGGUGCAGUACUUGGCGCGGCCGAGGUAGGA